AGGGUCAAAAAUACACAGGAGCUGCAAAUCAAAAACCUCAGCAGACCUGCGCAACUUUCCAGCAAGCAUACUUUUUUUUUUUUUUUUUUUUAAACUACUUUUGACUUGAUUUUGGUCGCUGCAAAGAUGACCACGGCCGUGGUGUCGCCUUUCUUCGACUUCGAAGUCAUGAACAAGAACAACAAACUGCUCAGCUACAGCAACAACUUGGGUGCCCCCCAUCCCAUGUCUGUCCCUUGCACUGGCACCAAUGUGCCCAUCUCCAGCCCCACCGGAGCCCUGCUGGACAGGAAGGCGGUGGGAUCUCCCUCGGUGGGGGGUGUGUAUCAGCGGCGGCAUUCUGUCAGCAGCACAAAGUUCAGCCAGAACCAGUUUCUGAACAGCCUGAAGGCAGCGGACCACUCCUCACUCAUCUCAGGGGUUGGCAAUGCCAGCAACAACAAGGAGAACCGACUGCGAGACCGCUCCUUCUCUGAGACAGGUGAGAGGCUCAUCAAGUGCCUGGGUCCUGCCAGUCCCACCAGCGGCAGCAGCCAAGUGAACUCCAGCCGAUACAAGACGGAGCUUUGCAGGCCCUUUGAGGAGAACGGUUCCUGCAAGUACGGCGACAAAUGCCAGUUUGCUCACGGAAUCCAUGAACUGCGCAGCCUGAGCCGUCAUCCCAAAUACAAAACUGAGCUGUGCCGCACCUUCCACACCAUCGGUUUCUGCCCAUAUGGGCCUCGCUGCCAUUUCAUCCACAAUGCUGAGGAGCGCCGCGGACCUCCCCAGCAGUCCUCCCCUCUAAACUCUUCCAACAAGAUAGAGAGGCCUCGACUGCAGCACAGCUACAGCUUCGCAGGCUUCUCCAGCUCAGCUGGGCUGAGAGACAGCCCCACCUCAGUCACCCCUCCACCCAUGUUCUUCCCUGAUGAAGUCUCCGACUGGCCCAGCAGUAACCCCUUCACCUACUCCAGCCAGGAGCUGGCCAACCUGUUUGGGCCCAGCCUCAGUGCUGGUCCUGUAGGCACAGAGCCCAACACCCCUGCACCUCCCUCUCCAACAAGCACACCUUACUAUUUCAGACCCAUGUUGGAGUCCCCUCAGAUGUUUGAGCCUCCAUCCAGCCCCCCUGACUCUCUGUCAGACCAGGAGGGCUACCAGAGCAGCUCUGGAGGCAGCCUGAGUGGCUCCGAGUCCCCCACGCUGGACACCACCCGCCGCCUUCCCAUCUUCAGCCGCCUCUCCAUCUCUGAUGACUAAACUGCACGCGCCCACCAAUGACUUAAGUUUGAUGACACAAAGAGAACACGGCACUCCCCUCUACCUCUGCCCCUUUCCUAAGCCUACCUAUCUUCCCGUACACGACACACCAUGUUAGUUCCUUGUUAGCAUUAUAAGGAUGUAGUCAUUUAAGGGAACUCAAGUUAUUAUUUCAUCCCUGUUAAUCCACGCAGCAAGUUUUAAAAAUUACCCCAACAUGUGUCAUAGUGCCAAAAAAGGAGAGGAAAUUGAACAAUGAAAAUCAUGAGAACAAGAAUUGACUGUUUUGCCAGGUGCCACUUGUUUUUUUUUUUUUUUUUGUUUGUUUGUUUUUUUCUUCUUCAUUUGUUCUUGAAUGUGUAGCAGCACAAGUGGCCUUGGAAAGGGGAGUGCAUUGCACUAGCCCCCAGCCCCCCUCCCUGCCUCCCGCCCUCUCCCCGCCCUGAUGAUACCACUUCCCCCAAGCUAGCUAGAGGGUGCUCACUAACGUAACUGUAGAUCUACCGCAGCCGUUUUUACAGACUGAGUUAAGACAAAAGGAAAAAAAAUAAAAAAAUAAAAAAAAAUAACAGACCCUGAAAAGAUAUGAAUAGUUUUUAAAAAAAAAAAAAAGAAAAAAGUGCCUGGGGCGGUUUCUGCAUGUGUUUAGGGUGAAUGGACUACUGUUUGUUUUUGGUUCUUUCUCAUUUGUCCCACCCCCUGUCACAGUUCUUCUCAAGCCCUGUCUUAUGUAAUUGUGGACUGGGUGAGUCUGCAGGAAGGACUUUGAACUGGAAGUUGGUUAUGUUUUCCCCCCUCCGAGUUUCUCCUCCUGUUGCUGGUCACUGGCUUUUUUUUUUUUUUUUUUUUUUUGGGGGGGGG